CGGGAGGUUAAAGACUGUAGAACAUUCUCUCUGAUUAUUAUCCUUACGAUUUUCAUUUACCUUAUUCGGCUAAACCCUAUCUGACGAAAAGAAGCAUGUCGCCAGCUCCUGUGGUUGAAGCCGCCCAGCCUGAGACUGAGCAGGUUCCUUCUACUGAGGAACCCCAGAAGCUGCCCAUGAGCGAGGAGGAGGCUGUGGUUGAGGACGUCAAGGAAGAUGAGAAAGAAGAUGAUGAGGAUGAUGACGAGGAUGAGGAUGACGAGGACGAUGACAAGGAGGAUGGUGCUCAAGGUGCUAAUGGAGGUUCAAAGCAAAGCAGAAGUGAGAAGAAGAGUCGGAAGGCAAUGUUAAAGCUGGGCAUGAAACCUGUUACUGGUGUCAGCAGGGUUACCAUAAAGAGAACCAAGAAUAUACUCUUUUUCAUCUCAAAACCUGAUGUCUUCAAGAGCCCAAAUUCUGAGACGUAUGUCAUUUUUGGUGAGGCUAAGAUAGAGGAUUUGAGCUCUCAGCUACAGACACAAGCUGCCCAGCAGUUCAGGAUGCCAGACAUGGGAUCUGUGAUGGCAAAAUCUGACACCUCCACAGCAGCUGCUGGAGCACCAGCUGAGGAGGAAGAGGAAGAAAUUGAUGAGACUGGGGUAGAGCCUAGGGACAUUGACUUGGUCAUGACACAGGCCGGGGUAUCAAGGAGCAAAGCUGUCAAGGCACUCAAGACUCACAAUGGGGACAUUGUUAGUGCUAUUAUGGAGCUUACCACUUAGGUGGUCUCUGUUGUCUUACUUGCGCUCUCAAAUUCUGUCAAUGAGUUCUUGGAACUAGAGUCAACAUUUUAGUUGUUGUAGUCGAUCUGGCUUACCAUCUACUGGGUGGCUAGGUUAUCCUUUCACUUUUAACAAGUUUUGGACAAUUUUCUCACGACUCAUGAUCAGCGUUUCUGUGACUGAUUGCUUGCCCUUUUCUAUAAGGAGUUUUUGCAACUUGAUUAAACUGAUUUUUUGCGGUUGAGAACUAUGAAGUUACUGAAUCAGAAUAUGAUUUGAUAUUGAGUA